GCACCAGAACUACGAUGUCCCGAUGUGGUUAGAAGAAGAAGAAGGAGGCGGAGGAGAAGUGUACUUUAGGCUCAGUAAGUGUUGCAGCAGAGUUAUCUUCUACCCAGUGUGUCUGCAGGCAUGUCGGCUUGUAAGCUGAUGAGAGCCAUCAGAGUGAGUGAGUUUGGAGGUCCGUCAGUCCUCAGGCUGUGCUCUGAUGUGACUGUCCCUCAGCCCGGACAUGGACAGGUGUUGAUCCGUGUCCAUGCCUGUGGAGUGAACCCUGUGGAAACUUACAUCCGGUCUGGGUCGUAUGCCCGGAAGCCUACCCUGCCCUACACUCCGGGUUCUGAUGUAUCUGGAGUGGUGGAAACCAUUGGAGAAGGAGUGACUGCGGUUAAGGCAGGGGAUCGUGUGUUCACCACAGGCACACUGUCUGGAGGUUAUGCAGAGUACACUGUAGCUGCUGAUGACUGCGUUCACAAACUGCCGGAUGCUUUAGACUUCUCACAGGGAGCCGCCAUAGGGAUCCCAUACUUCACCGCCUACAGAGCUCUGAUUCAUAAAGCUCAUGCCAAGGCAGGGGAGACCGUUCUCAUCCAUGGAGCCAGUGGAGGGGUGGGCGUGGCAGCGUGCCAGUUGUCACGCGCUCUGGGCCUCAGAGUCCUGGGGACAGCAGGGACUCCAGAUGGGAUGAAGCUUGUGCUCAACAAUGGAGCUCACCUGGCUUUUAACCACAGAGAAGCAGGAUACACAGACAAAAUCAUGGAAGCCACAGAGGGCCGGGGUGUUGAUGUGAUAGUGGAGAUGCUGUCAAAUGUCAACCUCAGCAAAGACCUCCAGAUGUCGGCCUAUGGAGGGCGUGUUACGAUUGUCGGCUCCAGAGGGCCCAUAGAGAUCAAUCCCAGAGACACAAUGAUUAAAGAGAGCAGCAUCAUGGGAGUGGCCCUUUUCUUCGCUACACCGGAGGAGAAGAAGGAGUGUUCAGCGCUGCUCUACGCAGGGAUGGAAGCUGGUUGGCUGCGUCCAGUCGUUGGUCCUCAGUAUCCUCUUGACAAGGCCGCCCAGGCCCAUCAUGACAUCAUUGAGUCUCCUGGAGCUGCUGGGAAGAUUGUCCUGACCAUGUCAUAAAGUGACCAAGGCAGAGGUCAAAGGUUAGCGAGAAGGUUUCCAUCUGUUUUCACAGGGGAGCUGCUGCAACAAUCAAACAACAAUUAUCCUAUGGGGAUCACGGUAUAUGCUAAUGCAAUAUAACACACUAUCUGAUGCCGCCAUUUGUCCUUUGAAAAAACAAGUAAUUUCAAGUAAGUUCUGUGAUCAGAGUCACAAACAGAUAUAUAGUAAAUGAAUAGUCAUAUUAAAAAUCAGUGUAUGAUAAGGACUUUUUUUUUGUCAUAUUUUGUUCAUGUUUGUGCUUGAGUGUGAUUGAUGAUGGUGCUGCUGUUCGUGUUUGUUUUUAGGGCGAGAGUACAUUAAAAAUGAAAUUCCAUACUGUUGCCAAAGCAGAUAAAGGCAAAUGAUUACAAAUAUGUAUCUGUCAUGAAAUGAUAUUGCCUUUAAAACUGCUUUUUAUCA